AUGCAUCUCGUUUCUCUCAUUGCUUUCUCCCUGACGGCAGCUGUGACAACAGUCAGCGCCUAUCCCAUCACCGGUGAUGAUGUCAAUUGCCGCUCCGGCCCAGGAACGAGCUAUGCGUCCGUGAAGACCUACAAGAGAGGUCAGGACGUCAAAAUUUCCUGCCAAACUCCCGGCACAGAGGUCUUCGGCAACAGCAUCUGGGACAAGACAUCCGACAACUGCUAUGUGUCCGACUACUACGUGAAGACUGGAAGCUCCGGAUAUGUGACCACCAAAUGCGGCAGCAGUGGCGGCGGAGGCGGUACAGGGAAGGACAUCAUUGCAGCUGCCGAAAAAGAAAAGGGUCUUCCUUAUGUCUGGGGCGGCGGUGGAUGCACCGGUCCUUCCGGUGGCGGUUUUGACUGCUCUGGUCUGACGCAGUAUGCUAUCUGCCAAGCUUUGAAGAAGACUAUUCCUCGUGUCGCGCAAGACCAGUAUGACAGUAGUAUGGGCAAGCGACACCCGCGCUCCGAGGCUAAGCCUGGUGAUCUUUUGUUCUGGGGUACUGGGGGUGAUUGCAAGAACAAGGUCGUUCACGUGGGUAUCUUUAUCAAAGACGGGCUCAUGAUCAAUGCUGCGAGAACGGGAACGCCGGUCAGGGAGCAGGAUAUUUGGACUUCGUAUGGUGGUGAAGAAAUUUGCCCCUACGUUAUGAGGUUCACCUAA